AUGGUACCUGAGCUUGUGGAGGUUUUCAAGGAUGAGGAUUACUACCACCUUGUCAUGGAGUUGUGCCAGUGCUUGCUAAAGGAUGUACUACUAAAAAAAAAGAGGCUUAACGAGCAUGAAGCUGUAAUUGUGAUCAAGCAUGUGACCAACGCGGUGCACAAGAUGCAUAGGAGGGGCAUUGCUCACAGGGAUAUCAAGCCUGGAAACAUCCUUCUAGGGUUUGGGAAGAGCUUGUUUGGGAAUAGGUAUAGGGCUCCUGAGAUGUCAUCUCUUGACCGUGUUUAUGAUGAGAGGGUUGAUGUGUGGAGUGUGGGGAUUGUCCUUUAUGAGAUGUUGUCCGGGAAGUGUGCAUUUCCAAAGCUGGCAUCACGGGAAAUUGAGAAGAGAUUGAGAUGUUUAAAGGAUUUGUUAAUGAGUUCUUUCAACUAA